UUCACUUUUUCUUGUUUUUCAGACAUCUGUAUCACCAAUUCAACGUGCUAUCGCAGCUCGUUUCUCCACUUCAUGUUCUGCACUUGCCGGUGUUAGACCCUUGGGUCCAAAAAACAAAGUUCCUGAGUUUUCGGGUACAGCUGUUGUGAAUGGUGAUUUUAAAACAAUUAGUCCGAGCGACUAUAAAGGAAAAUGGCUGAUAAUAUUUUUCUAUCCUCUCGACUUUACUUUCGUUUGUCCAACUGAAAUCACAGCUUUCAAUGAUCGAGCCGAAGAAUUUCGAAAGCUAAAUGCAGAAUUAAUUGCAUGCUCAUGUGACUCACAUUUCUCUCAUUUAGCAUGGUCACAAACUCCACGUAGUGAGGGUGGCUUAGGAGACAUGCAGAUACCGUUACUCGCAGACUUCAAUAAAAAUAUAGCAAAUGCUUUUGGUGUACUUGAUCAUGAAAGCGGCUUCGCAUAUCGGGGUUUGUUUUUGAUUGACCCAAAGGGCGAAAUCCGUCAUUCUUUGGUGAAUGACCUUCCAGUUGGUCGAUCUGUAGAUGAAGCAUUUCGUACUCUGAAAGCAUUCCAAUUUGUAGAAAAACAUGGUGAAGUAUGCCCAGCCAAUUGGUCAGAUGAUAAGCCCACAAUUAAACCAAGCGUUGAUGAAUCUAAAGAAUAUUUCAGUAAACUUAAGGACCAUAAAUAA